CUCGAUCGAAACUAGAAAUCUUCAUCAUGUCUGGAAGAGGCAAAGGCGGUAAAGGACUCGGAAAAGGAGGCGCUAAGCGUCACCGUAAAGUGCUUCGCGAUAACAUCCAGGGAAUCACCAAACCCGCCAUUCGUCGUCUAGCUCGCCGCGGCGGAGUCAAGCGCAUCUCCGGUCUGAUCUACGAGGAGACUCGCGGUGUGCUGAAGGUGUUCCUGGAGAACGUGAUCCGCGACGCCGUCACCUACACCGAGCACGCCAAGAGAAAGACCGUCACCGCCAUGGACGUUGUGUACGCGCUCAAACGACAGGGACGCACCUUGUACGGCUUCGGAGGAUAAAAGACGAAAACCACAAACCCAACGGCUCUUUUCAGAGCCACACACUCCCA